AUGUCUACAAUCAAGCAAAGAAUCACAUUGUUGGUUGAUGAUAAAGGCGAUAAGAAAAUUAAUAUAAACGAUCCUCUUGAGGGUUUGGUUUUAUCAGAAAACAAGUGGUUUGUUCCAAAUGGGGAGUACGAGAGGCAAGAUAGAUUUGUUAUUCCAUCAAGUCUAAUCGAUUUAAGUAAAUUGAGUGGUAUUGACAAAUUUUCGAUUGAAUGGAGCUCUUUUGACGAAACAUCGAAGAAUUCAGAAGUGUUUUCGAAAAAUAUUCCAUCGGGAUUAAAUUAUUACUUAAAACCCAAAGAUGGCGCUAAUGCUAGCACAUCUUUUGAUGAGUUGUUUAAUUUCAUUGAUAACAAUAAAAAUAUAUCUAUUGAAAAUUUCAUCCAAACACCUUUAAGUUUUCAGUACCACGAAGAUAAUAAUUUUGAAGUUCCAACUGAAAUUUCAAAAUUCAUUUCUAAUUUAAUUUGUGAUUAUGAUAAUCAAAUAUCAUCUGAUCGUAAAAAACAGUAUUGCUUAACUAAACUUAAUAGGGAUUUGUUAUCCAUCAGCAGUUUUUCAAUUGAGUAUAAUGGAAAAUUUAAAGACAAAAACAAUAUGGUUAUUACCUUAUACUGGCCUAGAAUUAAUUUUAAUUCUAUGAUUAUGAUCUCAGAAUACAUUGAUAAAGAAUUGGGAGUUUUUUCAAUUGAUAAAAAAUUAUCAAUCAAGUAUCAAGAUUUAGUUUUAUUGGGAUUUAUAGAUAAUUUGAAAAUUGAUGAUUUUAAUAAAAAUUUUCCAGAAAAGGGCAUUAAGAAAGUUAGAAAGACAAUGGUCAGUAUUGAACCACGUCACAAAUUUUACAGAGAACAAAAUUUUGAAUCAUUUUUCAAACAGCCUAAUGGAUUGAAUGAGAAACAUCAUGUUAUAAUUAGCGACUUUUCUAAUGAAGCGCCUAUGAAUAAAGAGAUAUUUGACUGUGAAUUAUUUUUAUAUUAUGAAACUAACAAAGAGAUUUUUUUUGACAAGUAUCAAUUAGUUGAAAAUUCUAAGAAAGAAAAUUAUAAAUUAGUUGGAUUGUGGGGAGAAAGCGAUUUAGAAAAACCAGUUUAUAGCAUUGACAAAUGGGGAUCUAUUGGGUUGUUUCAGGCAGAUAUUAAUAAAAAAAACAGCAUUGAGAUACCGCUUCAUUUCAGAUAUUUGGAACCAUCAUUAAAUAGCUCGAAUUCAAAUAAGCACUUUAUGAAAAAACCAGAGGUCUUUUGGGCUUGUGAGUUAUCAAUUGAUAAAUUAAAUAAAUUUUAUGCCGAACAAAAUGAUAAUUUAAAAGUUUCUGAUUAUGAAGAAUUAGUUGAAAAAUACCAAAAGACCUAUAGCAAGAGGAAUCCGUUGGAUUUGAAAUCAGAAUUGAAUUACGAAUCAUUUUUUACAGAUAACACAAUAUUUUUUCAUUUAAAAUCAGGUGCUGUCAAUGAAACCACACACAGUGCAGAAACACUUACAGAAGGUGGGUAUUUGGUGGAUGAAUAUUCUCUUCCUGUUCCAAAAUUCAAUGACAUUAGUAUUGUGAGAAUUGUGACAUCAAUUGUCAUGGUAUUAUCUUUCGGUUUCAUUUUUGCUAAAUUAAUCACGAACAGAAGAAAAAUGCUGGUUAAGGCAUCGAAAAAACAAAACUAA